GGCUGCCGCCGCCGCCGCCGGCGACCGUCCGUAGCGAGGCCUGGGCGGGCAAGCGUCCAGACGUGUUACCGCCGCGAGGAGGCAAGUUGGCGGCCGGUUUCUCGGGGCCGCAGCUUGCGGUACAGCCGCGCCGCUGGCGCGCCGCUCUCCUCGGGGUGCGGGGCGCGCGGGUCUGUCAGGGGGCGUCUGGCGAGGCCUCUUCGCGCUGCGGGCGCCUCCCCUGGGGGCAGCUGCGGGCUCCCCGCUUUCACGCGCGGGCGCGGAAGCAGGAGCCCCGGCGGGCCUGCCCCAGCCGGCAGUGAUAUCCUAAGAGAAGAUGGGAAAGGGCUGUAAGGUUGUGGUUUGUGGCUUGUUAUCUGUGGGGAAAACAGCGAUUUUGGAGCAGCUCCUUUAUGGGAAUCACACCAUUGGAAUGGAGGACUGUGAAACAAUGGAAGAUGUGUAUAUGGCUUCAGUGGAAACGGAUCGGGGAGUCAAGGAACAGUUACAUCUUUACGACACCAGAGGCCUGCAGGAAGGUGUGGAGCUGCCGAAGCAUUAUUUUUCGUUUGCUGAUGGCUUUGUUCUCGUGUACAGUGUGAAUAACCUUGAAUCCUUUCAAAGAGUGGAGCUUCUGAAGAAAGAAAUUGAUAAGUUCAAAGACAAAAAAGAGGUGGCAAUUGUUGUAUUAGGAAACAAAAUUGACCUUUCUGAGCAGAGACAAGUGGACGCCGAAGUGGCACAGCAGUGGGCCAAGAGUGAGAAAGUGCGCCUGUGGGAGGUGACGGUCACCGACCGCAAGACCCUGAUCGAGCCCUUCACUCUGUUAGCCAGCAAACUCUCCCAGCCCCAGAGCAAGUCGAGCUUCCCUCUGCCUGGGAGGAAAAACAAAGGGACCUCCAGCUCUGAGAACUAAGACUUAGAUGCCACAACUCUUCCUUGAAUAGUGACUGCCUUUAGGUGUCUGUGAACAUAUUUAAAAUAGGCCAUUGGUAUCUGCUUUUGGUCCUUAGGAAUCCCCUAGGGAAGUAAUUUAAUUUACUUAUAGUUAUUUAUGCUAAGUUAUUGCCUGGUAUGAAAUAUAUUUGCAUCCUCAUUGUUUGAAACUUGUACCUGAAAUUAGCGCCUUUGUUAUUUACGUUAUGUUGCCCUUGUCAGAAGAAUUAAAUAAAGUUUGGGUAGUAUGCACAUGUACCUGUGAGCAGCUCCCCUCACCUCUCACCUGUUUCAGAAGCUGUCAUUCUGUGUAACUUUAUGCAAACUUCUUUGCUCAAACAUGACUUUGUUUUAAAAGUUCACUAAUCAUCUAAUGCCUAGGAUUAUAAAAUGACAUCUUUUUGUGUGUCCAAAUUGGAUCACAAACAGUAAACAAUUUGGGUACUAAGUUAAGCUAAAUUUUAUCUGGUAAAGAUCUUGCUAAACCUACAAUUCGGCUUUGUUCAAAUUAUGUUUAGCAUGAAUUGAGUAGGUCGUGUAAAGAUGUUCAAAUGGGUUCUUCCUUCUUUAGGAAACUGCUGAACACUUAAGGACAGUAAAGCUUCCAUUUUCCAUACCAUACGUCCUGCAGUAGUUUUGAAGUUAGGUACUGAUUUUCGGCAGGAUCUGAGUAAUGGGGCUGACUGUAUUGAGCAAGUUGACAAUAUUGUAACUAACUGUAAAGUUGGAAGCAAACUUCUUACUGGCUUCAGCUGUGAAAGCAGUUCACUAUUAGUUUUAAAUAUAAAAUAUGAGAUAAGCUGUCCAGCAAAGAAACGUUAAAACAUCUAGUAAAUAGUAGUAUCUUCAAUACUUCUGAGGCGAGGUUCGGUGAGUACAAGCCAAGAACUACUGCAUAUAAAGAGAUAAACCUUAUAUGUGGCAGUACUAGCUGACUUAGAAUUAUUUAAAAUCUCAUCUUUUUUUGGAGGGGGGGUCAAAAAAGUUGUCACUCAGAUAUGGUCAUUUCCUGCCUUCUCUCCCACUUACUGAGUGUUGAGCUUUUAGCUUUUUUUUUUUUUUUUUUUUUUUUACAUAGAUGGAGAAAUACUUUUACAAUUAUUUUAAAAUUAGUAUAAUAGAGCCUGCGGUUUGCUCCUCAGCAGAAUGCAGCUUAGUGACAGACUUUCCAUCACUUCUUGCACAGCUGCAACUGUACCUCUACCUUCCCCAAGAAGAGGUUUCCCUUCUGACUGUGUGAAUGUCAAUGUUGAGUGUCACAGGAGACAGUGACUGAGCAGCCCCCACCCAUCCCAGAGGAGGACCCCAAAGCCUGGGGUCAGGAUCUGAACGAGACCCGAAGAUGACAAGGAGCAGGACCCAAGGCUUUGUUGGGCAGAAGAUUCUCUAAUUGUUUUACAGUGUGGAUGUUGUGACACCAUUUUUAUCUAUUCAGAAACUUUUCUGUUGAGUGGGGAAUAGCAGGUUAUUUAUGCGUUGCUAACUAUGUUAGUAUAAAAAGCAGGAUUUUAAGCCUCUUCAAAACGAAGCGCUUACUCUUAGGAAUGGUCUUUGCCAAAGGAGGCAAAGUCAACCCAAAGAAGUGUUUUGUGUAUGUUCAGAUGUACUUAGAGAUUUGUCAAGCAAUGUACUUUUUGUGAUUAAAAACAAUUUUAAAAGCCUGAAUAAUCUUUCAUGGGAAUAUGUGAAUGUUAGC